AUGUACAGCUUCAAUACUCUUCGACUCUACCUUUGGGAGACCAUUGUAUUCUUCAGUCUUGCUGCUUCCAAGGAGGCUGAAGCUGCUCGGUCUGCUUCCAAGCCCAUGUCGCCGUCUGAUUUCCUGGAUAAACUCAUGGGGAGGACCUCUGGAUAUGACGCCAGGAUCAGGCCCAAUUUCAAAGGUCCCCCAGUGAAUGUCAGCUGCAACAUUUUCAUCAACAGCUUCGGUUCCAUUGCUGAGACAACUAUGGACUACAGGGUCAACAUCUUCCUGCGGCAGCAGUGGAACGACCCCCGGCUGGCCUACAACGAAUACCCUGAUGACUCGCUGGACUUGGACCCAUCCAUGUUGGACUCCAUCUGGAAACCUGACCUGUUCUUUGCCAAUGAGAAGGGGGCCCACUUCCACGAGAUCACCACAGACAACAAACUGCUGAGGAUCUCCCGGAACGGGAAUGUCCUCUACAGCAUCAGAAUCACCCUGACAUUGGCCUGCCCCAUGGACUUGAAGAACUUCCCCAUGGAUGUCCAGACGUGCAUUAUGCAACUGGAAAGCUUUGGAUACACCAUGAAUGACCUCAUCUUUGAGUGGCAGGAGCAGGGGGCUGUGCAGGUGGCAGACGGACUAACUCUACCCCAGUUUAUCCUGAAAGAGGAGAAGGACUUGAGAUAUUGCACCAAGCAUUACAACACAGGCAAGUUCACAUGCAUCGAGGCCCGGUUCCACCUGGAGCGACAGAUGGGCUACUACCUGAUCCAGAUGUACAUCCCCAGCCUGCUCAUUGUCAUCCUCUCGUGGAUUUCCUUCUGGAUCAACAUGGAUGCUGCCCCUGCCCGCGUGGGCCUGGGCAUCACCACUGUGCUCACCAUGACCACCCAGAGCUCCGGCUCUCGAGCAUCCCUGCCCAAGGUAUCAUAUGUGAAAGCCAUCGACAUCUGGAUGGCCGUGUGCCUGCUCUUCGUGUUCUCAGCCCUGCUUGAGUACGCCGCCGUCAACUUUGUGUCUCGGCAGCACAAAGAGCUGCUCCGAUUCAGGAGGAAGCGAAGGCAUCACAAGGAGGAUGAGGCUGGAGAGGGCCGCUUCAACUUCUCGGCCUACGGCAUGGGCCCAGCCUGCCUUCAGGCCAAGGAUGGCAUCUCGGUCAAGGGCGCCAACAACAGCAACACGACCAACCCCGCUCCGGCGCCAUCCAAGUCCCCGGAGGAGAUGCGAAAACUCUUCAUCCAGCGGGCCAAGAAGAUCGACAAGAUCUCCCGCAUCGGCUUCCCCAUGGCCUUCCUCAUCUUCAACAUGUUCUACUGGAUCAUCUACAAGAUCGUCCGCAGGGAGGACGUCCACAACCAGUGA